UGAUUAUAAAAUAUAUCUACAUUUACCUUGCUAAUACGACAGCCACCUAUUAUUAAAUUUUUAUUCACGAAUGUGUCGUGCGAAGUUCGAUAUAUGAGUGACUAGGAAACUUUAAGCGAGGGUGAAUAGUUAAUACAUUUUUUGCAGGAUCGUUCAACUUUCUCGAAAAUUAUUAUUAAAAGCAUGCGCAAGAACUGGUUUUUAUUGAAUACGAGGUUACAUCGAUUCUUGUGAGAAGAACAAAUGUCAGUCUAUAGACAACAUUCGACAUGGAAAAUUCAAAAUAUAACGGAUACCAAGGUGCUUAUUGUCUUGAUAAUUAUUAUUGUAAUUAAAAAAUCCGUAACGUAAGCAUUUUUAAUACAAUUUGAGAGAUUAUUGUGAUAGCAUUUUAGGAAAUUUAAAUUAUUUUUUUUUGUGAUCUUCUAUCUUAUACAAACUAAUUUAUUGUUACAAAACAUUAACUGUAUAUCUAAUUUGAAAAUUUGAGUGAUUCUUUUAUCGUCAUUUAUUAUUUUCUAGUUUGUGUGUGAUUGUCAAAAAAUGCAGUAUUACUAAUAUUAUUCUUUUUGCGUUUUAUAUAAUCUUUUAUACAUACACAUUUAAUUUUGGUUUUACUUAUGCAAAAAAUUGAUCUAGGUAAUUUUUGUAAUAAAUCAGACUCUUAUUAAGAUUUUUGCAGAUAGAUUUCGAAUGGGCAGUAAAACUGAAUCGUUUUAUUUUAAAUUUGAUUGGACUCUGGCCUAUAACUGCACAAAAUUCUCGACAAAAGUUAAUGUGCAAUUUUCGAGUGCUCGUCGUUUUUAUGGGUGUGACGUUUGGUCUCCUUAUUCCUUCAAUACAUUCCUUGACAAGAAUUUUUGGAGACAUUAUAUUAAUGCUAGAUAAUUUACAAUUUACUCUGCCGACUAUAAGUUGUUCAAUACGAAUUGUAAUUUUCUGGUGGAAAAAAGAAGCUAUCAUACCAAUUAUGAAUAUGAUCGUGGAGGAUUGGAUAAAGUUGAAAAAUGCACAAGAAAGAAACUUAAUGAUCAGAAGAGCACGUUGUGCACGCAUAAUUAUUACAUUUGCAUCUUGCAUAAUGGCAUCUGGAUGCUUCUUUCUUAUCAUUUUGCCUAGUUUUGGAAUAUCGAUGAGAACUACGACUAACAUUACUGAUCCAGGCAAACCAAUGCCUUUACAAACGCAUUAUAUUUAUGAUGUAACAAAUAGUCCACAAUAUGAACUAACAUUUAUUAGUCAAUCUAUUUAUAUUGUUGUCGCUAUGAUGUCCUAUAGUGGAAUUGAUAAUUUUCUUGGACUGUUGGUUUUGCAUAUAUGUGGUCAGUUGGACAUUUUAAAGAACCAUUUAACAAGCUUAGACAAAUGUGUAAAUUCUCACGAAGUACUGAAAAGUUGUAUAACAAGACAUAUACGCUUACUUAGAGCUAUUGAUAUUAUUGAAGAUACCUAUAAUGUUAUGCUUCUCUUUUUAUUCGUAUAUUUUGCAAUACUCUUCGCUUUCUAUGGUUUCCGAAUAAUUACUCUAUUUGAUGAAGAAAGUGAUAUAUCAUUUCCUCAUUUGAUGUACUUUGCAUCUACUGUAAUAAAUAUAUUUGCCCAUAUGUGCCUCUACUGUGCCUUAGGCGAGAUUUUAGUUGCUCAGUGUAACAAAAUAUAUUAUGCGGCGUACAGCAAUAAAUGGUAUACCAUGAAUCCAAAAGUAACUCACAACUUGUUACUUUUAAUGAUAAGAGGCUCUAAACCGAUCUAUCUUACUGCUGGAAAAAUAUUCCCUGUAACGAUGGCAACAUUUUGUAGUUUAGUAAAAACGUCAGUUGGUUAUAUGUCCGUCUUGCAUACAACAAGAAGUUAACAAUGUGAGAGAUAAACUUGAAUUUUCUUUGAUUGAUUAUGCAACUUUUUAUAGAAAAUAGUAGUAUAAGACCUAUUCAAGUAUUAAUAUCUAAUUACAAUAAAUUAUAGAUU